UGAACCCGGGGGCUACCACCCACCACCACCACCCCACUUAGCCAACGGCUGGGGCAGGACCCGAGGAGCAGGAGGAGGAGGAGGAGGAGGAGGGGGGAAAUGGGCGAGACUUCAGGGUCCCAACUCGGCGGAGCUAACGCUACAAUGAAUGUGUCACAUGAAAUCAGUUUACUGGUGGAGGAGAUCCAGAGACUUGGCAGUAAAAACGGCGAUGGCCAGACUAGCGUAAAAUUCGGGGUUUUGUUCAACGACGACCGCUGCGCCAACAUUUUCGAGGCGCUGGUGGGCACCCUGAAGGCCGCCAAGAAGAGGAAGGUGAUCGACUUCCAGAGUGAGCUGCUGCUGCAGGGCGUCCAUGACAACGUGGAGAUCGUUCUGCUGCAGGACUGAAGCCAGACGCUGGAUCAGACCUCCAGAGACAAAGCCUCUGUGUGCACACACUUCAGUUUGUUUUUGUAAGGUAACUGCUGUUUGUGUUUGCGAUCAUACCUUUAAGCAGAACUACAAUAACUAUGUAAAUUUAAUGUGGGUUUGAGAGGACAUUAGACGUCCUUUUCCCUACGAGCACAAGAAUGUCCAUUUGUUGUUUUCACCGUUACACAUCUCUAGUUUUGUGUUCAAAACGGUUCAGAUUUGUAUCAGCAAGCUCGMCCAUUGUCUAUUUUUUUGCCAUCAUACAUGUUGCUUUUUCCACAAAGGUGCCACUCUGAACAACUUCUGCUGUUUUACAUCCUGAACGCACAAAAUCCUGUUUUAAGAUGAGUCGAAACAGAGUGGUGCCAUUUUUAUGGUUUUUUUUUUCUACAAAGCAAGAAGAGCAGAUUCUGUCAGAUUAACUUUGUACAAAUCAUGUUUUACCUUCUUGUUUUGGACCAGAUCAGUCAAACACAACCAGAUGCCUUUUAUGGGGGUUUCAAUGUUAGGAAAAGUGUUGCACAGAACCUUUGGCAAACUGUUUUUAUGUUUUUACUCUUGAGAGUAAAUGUUUGAACGUGGUUCUCCACAUGAAAUAUUCUAAAUAUGAAAAUAAGAUGAGUUAAAAAAAAUUAAUCUGAUUAGGAUUAGUGUGUUGUCACCAAAAAGACUGUUCAGAUCAAUGUUUACCACUCUGACUACCUCCUGUGGACUUUUAUUAAGACGUUAUUUGAACUUUUGGAAAUCCUUUUUACUAGAAUUAGAGACACAAAGACGACUAAAGUGCAAUAUUUAAAAAACAGUUCUUUACUAUGAGCUUAUUUCAGCUUCUGUCGUCAUGAAUGAAUGAAUUUUCUCCUUSAAACAGAAAACUGCCUUCCUGAUGACCAAACACUGAAUGUACCCCYCCCUUUGUGCAGCUUUGAUUGGUCUGUAUUUACAGUUUGAUCAUUGUAACGACCCUCAGGACCAACAUGUAUCAAAUAAUCGUCCUGUGGCUUUAUUCCAAGUUGUGCAAUUUGUGUUUUCAGGUCUGAAACUUGCUGAUCAGGUGUGACUUUAAAUCACAGAAACCUGAAACUUUUUGUUGUUUUGUCUGAAACUGGAGAGUCUGAGAAUUGUGGACAAAGAAAAGUGAGAAUGUUUGCUGCUUUGUGUCGUCAGCACCGUCCUGUUGUUGCUCUGAGCUGAGGCUUCAGGUGAAUCUGGAUGAAAAUUUAAAAAGUUGGAUCAAAGUGAUGGAGCUAAUCCCUCAGAUUAUGUCUGCUGGGAUGUUUGGAUUAUAUCUUCUGGUGCAUCAUUACUGUAUGUUAUGUGGGCAAGAACUCGUUUUUUAUAAGAACUGACGGUUCUUCUAUACCUGGAGUAAUAAACAUUUUUACACUUGAA